UCCAGCUCUAGCGCAUACAUCAGUCCCACCUUCCAAGCUCCGCGUCCAUCGGACGACAUCACCAUCGCGAACCAUCGCGAACGCCUCUGGACCUCAGCGUCGUCCCCUAUGGGGCAUGUCUUCUGGCGCGACUUUGCGUACACGAACAAGCGUUUCCGCUUGCGAAUGGCGACCGGAAGUGUGGGGGAAGCCGCUGCUAGGUUGUUUGCAAGGUAGAUAUAUGUUGCUUUGUAUUUCGGCUACACGUCAUGGGCUUCAAUUGAGCACGAAGGCUAAGGUGCAUGACCAGGUUGCUGUCAGGGCAAAUGAUUGAGAUAGAAGUUGGCACAGGCGAACAGAAGAGGCGGUGGCACAUACACAGAGAGCUUCUCAUUUACCAAUCCGAGCUGUUAGAGGAAGAGAUAGGAGGGAAGAAGAACGGCGACAAGAUUCAUCUGCCCGAUCAAGAUCCCGCAGGGUUCGAGCUAUUCUUGAAAUGGCUGUAUCAAGGGAAACUGGACGAUGUGAGCGACAUACCCGGGCAAGACCGGCAAUACGAGUAUGCAGUGAGCUGUCACAAGCUUUACCUCCUAUGUGAGCGGCUCGGGCUGGAGCAGUUGAAGAACAUUGCCAUGGACCAGUAUCGCAAAGGAUUGAACCUAUCCGAACUGGUGCCCGACCCAAACGAGAUCAACGAUAUAUACCGGCAGAGCCCUCCAGGCUCACCCUGGAGGAAACUCAUGAUACAGAUUGCUGCACGCCAGAUUAUGGAUCCACAAUCUGACCGCGACGUAUCCACCUACCGAGAAUGCUUUGAAGGAAACCCCGACUUUGCUAUCGAGCUAGUAAAAUCCAUCAAGGAAGCAACUGGGGGCGUUCUGCUCGAUGACCCUACAGAAGGGGACAACGAUUGCGAUUAUCAUGAUCAUCAGACGGAACCCAACUGCCACAUGAGGGAACAUCGGGGGCUUAAGCAAGGUAAAUAAGUAGUCUCAUCCCAACGUCCAGAAGCCGAUGACACGAAUACCAUUUCUUCCAUUGCGGAGAUCUUGAUAGACUGUUUCAGUAUCGGUUUGUUCCGCCAGCACAAAGGAUCACACUCACUGACUCCCAGUCCACAAGACACAGUGCCGCCAUCUCGCCCCAGAAUCCAACAACUCCGCUCUCA